UAAUUAUUACUUACAUCUUAUAGAUAUCUUAGAACUGUGGCUUUUAUGAUUGGUCAUUGUUUUCAUUAGAUUGCAAAUGGCAUCAUAUAUUAAUGCCUCUUCAUCCUACAGUGGACAUCUUGAGAAAACAGAUGAACCUUAUGAUCUCUGAACAAUCUAAACACACUUUUAACAGCUUUUUACAAAAAGAUUUCCAGUGCGCCCCCGGUGUCCACAGAGAGUAAUGCAGGAGACACUUUCUGCUUCUCCUGAAGAAUGCAUUUGGCUCUUCAUGAAUCUAAUGUUGUGUGUCCUCUGGGAACAUGAACACCAAUUGUACUUCGCAGACAACAAACCUCACCAUGGACCCUCUGGGGGGACAUCAGGAAUGGGAGGUGGUUCUGAUCGUGCUAGUGACAGGACCCCUUUCUCUCAUCACCAUCCUGGGCAACUCUCUGGUGGUCAUAUCCAUCAGAGUCAACAGUCAGCUCCGAACCAUUAGUAACUACUAUCUUCUGAGUCUGGCGGUGGCAGACUUAAUCUUGGGUACGGUGUCAAUGAACUUAUAUACUGCAUAUGUAAUCUUGGGCCGCUGGACGUUAGGACCUCUGGCUUGUGAUCUGUGGUUGACACUUGACUAUGUAGUAAGCAACGCCUCUGUAAUGAACCUGCUUGUUAUAAGCUUUGACCGAUACUUUUCUGUUACACGACCGCUGACUUAUCGAACGAAGCGAACUCCAAAGACGGCGGCUGUCUUGAUUGCUCUGGCAUGGGUGAUAUCUUUUAUAUUAUGGGGGCCUGCGAUCUUAUUUUGGCCUCAUGUAGUGGGACGACCAUCUGGAGCUGAAGCUUAUGCCUGUUCCAUCCCAUUUCUUAAGGUACCUCCUAUAACAUAUGGCACGGCGAUCGCUGCUUUCUAUCUACCCGUCAGCAUCAUGAUCACUCUCUACUGGCGAAUUUAUUGGGAGAUUGAAAACCGGGCAAAAGGGCUCGCUGGUUUUGUUGGGUCUGUGAAAAACGCUACAGAAAUUCUGGAAGGGUUGGACAAACAAUCAAUGCACCAAACCAGUAGUAAGAGCACCUUAAGUCUCUCAAGGGAAGGAAUAUCCAAAAAGGGACAAGGCAAGUCAGUUGGGUGCUUCAAUUGGAUUUCGAGAAACAAAAAAGCAGCUCACGAGAGUUACAAGGAACCUUACAGCAGCAGUAGCUGGAACACUGAAGAUGUGGAUGACAGUGUCUUGUCUUCAUCCACAGAUGAUGAACAUGAGCAAAACAACAAGACAAAAGCACCUUCAUCUGGUCUUUCUGCGAUUAAGUUGAAGGAUCUACACGCAAGAUCAGAGGAUACAAAGAGUGCGCAAGAACAGAACUCUCCUGCAGAGCGUCCCACCAGACAGUGCCAUUUAAAAACCAAAAAGUCUGAUCAUAGCAUUCGCCAACAGCUCAGAGCUAAACAUCGUAUCAUUUUGAUCAUUAAAGAAAAGAAAGCAGCCCGGACGCUAAGUGCCAUCUUGUUGGCAUUCAUCCUCACAUGGACGCCCUACAACAUCAUGGUUUUGGCUUCCAUUUCAUACUGUGUUCCUGAAAAGCUCUGGCAGCUGGGAUACUGGCUCUGCUACGUGAACAGUACGGUGAACCCAAUGUGCUACGCCCUCUGCAACGAAUCUUUCAGGGUCACAUUCAAGUCUCUGCUACUUUGUCGAGGUGGAGAUAAAAGAAAGUGGGACACAAACAGCUGGAAUCGCCAUGCCUUUGUGAGGCAGAAUAAGCCUGGUAGAACAGUGUAAUCACUUGGCAUUCUACAAUCCUGUUCCUAGAGAGCUGGGUUCCUGCAAAGGAACAGCUUUGACAGUGUUAAAUUGUAACUGAAGGUCUUUGGUAGGGUGGCACAAUACUGGGAAAGUAUGUUAUAUUGCUGUUGAGUAUUGCCAAAAUCUUGCAGUAUAACAUUUCUCUAGAGAGGAAUGUUACUUAUUUUUCAAUCAUCAUACUAAA